AUGCUAGAUUCUAUCGCCCUGAGCAUCUGCACUCUCUCCCUGAGCACUCGCGGAGUCUCUUCAGAUCGAGACAGUGUUCUCAGCGCCAAAUUCAACACUAAUAUCGACUACGAGCUCAAGAAUACAUUCUCUCCGAAUCAGCUUCCUAGAGGACAGAGUACCAACACCAACAAGAACACAAGCAUCAACCCCAACACCAGAAUGUUAUCGACGUCACCAUUGACUCCAAACACCGCUCAGAGCACUCCCGGUAGCUCACAGAACACAAAUCAACUUCCCAAUAAGAAGCGCUUGCAUGACAUAGACGAAGACGAUAACGAAAAGACCCACCGAAAAACCAAGAACACAAAUCGUCCCGAAAACAUAAGAAACACCGAACUUCCUCAGGUCGCAAUCGUCCCGCAAAACUGUCAAGCCUAUCCUGGAGGAGAUACCAGAAACACCCCUAAGCAGUCGCCAGUGCUUUCCGGGUUCACCCCGAUCAACAAGAGCCGAAAACAAAACCCUUGCUACCCCACCAGCACCGCUAGUGCUCCACAAAAGAACGUUGCCCGGGAGACCAUAGUCCAAGUCAAGUUCUCACUCGGUCCAAGUCUAGUGCAGUCCGCUCAACAGGCCCAGCAACAGGCGCUCAACAGGCCCAGCAGGCUCUACUACUCCUCACCAGCACCCGUCAGUGCUCCACCGAAGGUUCUUACACCGGAGACCCUACAUUCAAGCCCGACGCCCCUCUCGAGACGAAUUAGACCCGAGCCAUCGCCGAUUGUCCAAGAGACAUCCGAGUGUUCAAGAGACAUCCCCGAGUAUUCAAGAGACAUCCCGAGCUCGACCGCAUUCAAGAUGACUCAAGCAAGCAAAGCGAAGAUGACUUUAGGUCUACUCAACCUACCUAAAGUGUACACCAGCAUCCGCAACAGCCUAAAGGCGGAAAUGCAAAAUGUGGUUGGGUCAAUAAAAGCACGUCCGGUUAUCAAGGGACAGGGAGACCGUCAGUUCAAAGAGGCUGCCGUGAUAGUGAUGAUGAUGAUGACGGCGGUGGUCAGGCAGCCGGAAGACGCUCUCGCAAAGGGAAAGAGCGUGCAGUACUCCGGAACUCGUGCGACCUUCCAUAAUGGUUACCGUGGUGGACCCCGAUGCUCUAGGGGCAUUCUUUAUGCUCGUCCACCACCUACUUAUGAUGGAAUGAUCCCCUGA